AUGGAUAGGCCCUUGGAAAAGAUGCAUGUGAAGGAAUUAAAAGAAAUUCUUGUAAGGAAGAAAGUGAGCCUGAAAGGAUUAACAGUGAAGGCCCAAUUUGUUGCAAAGUAAGCCGGCAGCGUUUUUAACCCUGUGUUUUAAAUGAUUAAAUACACUUGACACUGACUUGAAAACCAUUAAAUGUACCUUUGUCUUUUGUCUCAUUAUUUUUUUCUGUCUAACUGAUUGCAAGUUUAAAAUUAGCGUCCCUUGUUGAUUUUUUUGUGAGAGUGAAGGAAGUACUUCAAAUGUGUACAGAUGAUCGCUGGCAAAAUGAUCAAAAUAAUCAAGCGACCGCCGCUGCACUUCGUGCUCGAAGCAAAAAGAGCGACUCAGAUCUUGUUAGGGAGAAUGAGGAAAAGUUUAGAUUUUGUCCCUCUGAGAAGAAUAUGGAUCAACUACUGGACGAUCUUCCUCCAUUCACGUAUAAUACCAUUGUGAAAUAUGUCCGAAACUCCGGUAAAAACAUUCAGCAUUCCCCGGACUACAUGGUAAUGAAGCCUUUUGAACGUGGUGUCAAUUUUUUUAUUGAAGGAUACCUUCAUAACGUCGGGGCCAAGAAUCACAAAGAGAGAAAAACCUUUUAUUUCAGAGCCCUUUGCUACCGAAGUCUACGGAAAAGUGAACCCCCACAUAAAAUAAGAUUAGCAAUCUCAACAGAGCAACCUUACGAUGUACUUGCUUCAUCCUGCACCUGUGUCGCUGGAUCUUUGAGGUUUUGUAAUCAUGCCGUAGGCCUAAUGUAUCUAGUUUCCCACUAUUCCAUGACAAAAGCUAAAAUGAUCCCCGAUGACUUGGUUUGCACCUCCCUUCCACAGCAGUGGCAUAGGCCUAGAGGGAAAAAUAUAUCAUCGGAACCUUUGAUGGAAAUAAUUUUCAAAAAACCUAAGUUAGGCACGACAUGUACAGGUGAGAGUACCUCAGUUUCUGUGUCCCCUGGUAUUACUUGUUCACUGUAUCCUGCAAUCAAGGCAGCCCCAACUAAUGCAGAGAUUGAGAGCUUUAAGGAUGAUUUAAAGAAGGUCAACAAGAACUUUGGCCUCAGUUUGUACAUGAAUGCUGGAAGUGAGAAGGUACCUACCAGGGCUGGUCUUGCACCCUUGGGAGGGUAUCUCAGUUAUCAAAUGGCACCCACUGAAGGGAACUUUAAAGUGACGUGUAAUGUAGACUUAUCUAAGCAACCGGCUAGCAGUGAAGAUGUCCCUAGAACAAUUUACCCUUCUUUCCCGUUAUCUUUGGUUUCCCCCUUGUUCAUCGUCACUCAGUGCUCUUCAGAACAUAAUCAAUUUUAUGACUCACUAAGAAUCAAUGAAGAGAAUGCUGCAGAUCUUGAAAGGGCGACACAGUCACAACGAAACUGUAGCCGCUGGUGGACUGAAAGGAAACCAAGAUUGACAGCGUCGACAUUUGGAGAAAUUUUAAGUCGAAAAUCGAUUACCAGCCCGUUUCUGAAAGGCCUUGUUAGCGAUCAAAAUGCGCCUGUCGACUCAAGAAAUGUACCAGCUCCCCUAAAGCAUGGCAUUGAAAAUGAAAGCAGGGCCCCAAAACAGUAUGAGAACUACCUUGUAAACAGUGGACAUCCCGUAAAGACCUUUCCAUCAGGCUUUGUUGUAAACCCUGCCUUCCCCUUCCUCGGUUGCUCACCUGAUGGGAAGGUUAUUGACGUAACAGAGAAUCGCCCAUACGGGAUCGUUGAAAUUAAAUGUCCGUACAAACACAGGAAUGUCACUCCUGAGACAGCAUGUGCCGGUAACAGUCAAUUUCAUCUUGAAAAAAAGGAUGACUUUCCAUCGCUUAAGACGACGCACAAAUAUUAUUAUCAGGUUCAGGGGCAAAUGGGAAUUACAGGGGCUAAGUGGUGUGACUUUGUCACUUAUACAUUCAAGGGGAUGGUCAUUGAACGUAUUUAUUUUGAUCCUGAAUUUUUUGCUUCUAUGCUGUUGAAAUUGGAACAAUUUUUCUUUAAGCACUAUGCUGCAUAUUUCAAGGCACAAGCAGUGCCAGCUGGAGCAUGUGCUGUAACAACAGCGUGCACCGUUUUAACUGCUACUAGAACAGCUACAGGCAGUAUCAGCACGUGCUAA